UCUACCGUCUAUCUAGUCGAAUAAAACGACAGAAAUGCGUGCUGAUCAACAUCUUCGUUUGGACGAGCAGUUGCUGCUUUUCAUGGACCAGCUCGAGACUCUUGAGGAAAAGCGACUUAAACUCAAUUCCCUUAUAGAAGAGGGAUGGUUUUCUAUUGCCAAGACACGUUAUUCAAUGGGAAAUAAGCAAGUAUCCGCUCUGCAGUACGCUAGUGAGAUGGAGCCGCUUGUUCACGUUGAAGCCAGCUUGUUGGAAGGUGGAACAGCUGAGUUCAAAUGUGAGAGAAGAAAGAAAAAAACAGAAGAACUGAAAAAUAACACAGUAGAAGACAUUGGUGCGAAAGACACGGGUCUUAGGAGGCGAAUAAAUACCAAACAAAAGGGGGUUAAAGAGGAGGAAGAAGAGACAGACCCUCAAGUAAAAACAAAGGCAGAAUCAUCCACACCCGAGCACAGAGAACCUUUGAAGUGGUUUGGGAUCCUUGUACCACAAAGUCUGAAACAAGCUCAGUCUGCUUUUAAAGAGGUCAUCACUCUCUCAGCUGAGAUUGCAUCCCUACAAAGUGCAAUACUUGCUACAAGGAAAGAGAUGCAGGCCCAGGUGAAGGAGAAACAAGAGAAGACAGAGAAGACUCAACCAGAAAUAAAAGAGGAAUAACAGUGACCUUAUUUACGUUCAUCUAUAAUCUUUAUUUAUUGAUUUAUUGAUAGACCCUUAGUUCUUAGAACAAUUUCGCUAUGUUGAAUGUUGAAAUCACUCUUAUUGUAUAAAAUAGUUUACCUAAUAAAAAUGUUUGAUGAACCAUGUUA